CCAGGGGCCGCGGAGUUGUUCCACAACGCGAAGGGAGUGAAACUCCGAGGCGCGCGGGAGCCGGACGGCCUCCCGGGUCUCCGCGGAGACGAUGGCGGAGGAAGAAGGACCAACUAUAGAACUGCGCCAAAGAAAAAAGCCAAAGUCUUCAGAAAAUAAGGAGUCUGCCAAAGAAGAGAAAAUCAGUGUUACUCCUGUUCCUGAAAGAGCUCCAAAACAUGUGUUAUUUCAACGUUUUGCAAAGAUUUUCAUUGGCUGUCUUGCAGCAGUUACUAGUGGUAUGAUGUAUGCUCUCUACUUAUCAGCUUACCAUGAACGGAAAUUCUGGUUUUCCAACAGACAGGAGCUUGAACGGGAAAUCACAUUUCAGGGUGACAGUGCUAUUUAUUACUCCUACUAUAAAGAUAUGUUAAAGGCACCUUCAUUUGAAAGAGGUGUUUACGAACUGACACAUAAUAACAAAACUGUAUCUCUGAAGACUAUAAAUGCAGUACAGCAAAUGUCUCUAUAUCCAGAACUUAUUGCCAGCGUUUUAUAUCAAGCAACUGGUAGCAAUGAGAUGAUUGAGCCAGUUUAUUUCUAUAUUGGCAUUGUUUUUGGAUUGCAAGGAAUAUAUGUUACUGCAUUAUUUGUUACAAGUUGGCUUAUGAGUGGAACGUGGCUAGCAGGAAUGCUUACUGUUGCAUGGUUUAUUAUUAAUAGGGUAGAUACAACAAGAAUUGAAUACUCCAUUCCUUUAAGAGAAAACUGGGCACUACCAUAUUUCGCCUGUCAAGUUGCUGCACUUACAGGCUAUUUAAAAUGCAACUUAAAUUCUUAUGCAGAGAGGUUUUGCUACUUGUUGAUGAGUGCUUCAACUUACACCUUUAUGAUGAUGUGGGAGUAUAGCCAUUAUCUCUUGUUUCUUCAAGCAAUAUCUCUGUUCCUGCUAGAUAUCUUUUCAAUGGACCAAAGUGACAAGGUUCAUGAAGUAUAUAAAAUCUAUAUAUUUUCUCUCUUUCUGGGAUAUUUACUGCAGUUUGAGAAUCCAGCUUUAUUGGUAUCUCCUUUAUUAAGUUUAGUAGCAGCCUUAAUGCUUACUAAGUGCCUUCAGCUGAAUGUGAAGAAAGGAACUUUUAUAGCUAAAAUAAUGAAAGUGAUUAAUUUUUACUUGGUGUGCACUCUGACAGUGACAUUGAAUAUUAUAAUGAAGAUGUUUGUACCACACAAAGAAAAUGGACACAUGCUGAAAUUCCUUGAAGUAAAAUUUGGACUAAAUAUGACUAAGAAUUUUACAAUGAAUUGGCUCCUCUGUCAAGAGUCCCUCCAGGCACCAUCUCAAGAUUUUUUUUUGCGAUUGACACAAUCUUCUUUAUUACCAUUCUAUAUUUUAGUCUUAAUAAUUUGUCUUCUUUCUAUGACACAAGUUAUUAUUAGGAGAAUUAAUGGUAAAUCCCUGAAAGAAACUGUUACUCUUGAAGAUGGACGAAUUGGAGAAAGACCAGAAAUAAUAUAUCAUGUAAUUCACACUAUUUUAUUGGGUUCUCUUGCAAUGGUUAUAGAAGGCCUGAAAUAUAUUUGGACUCCUUAUGUGUGCAUGUUAGCAGCAUUUGGUGUAUGUUCCCCUGAACUUUGGAUGACACUUUUCAAGUGGCUUCGAUUAAGAACUAUACACCCAAUAUUGUUGGCUCUUAUUCUGAGCAUGGCUGUGCCCACUAUAAUAGGUCUCAGUUUAUGGAAAGAGUUCUUUCCAAGAUUAAUGACAGAAUUAACGGAACUACAGGAAUUCUAUGACCCAGAUACAGUGGAACUUAUGACCUGGAUAAAAAGGCAAGCUCCAAUUGCAGCUGUGUUUGCAGGGAGUCCACAGUUAAUGGGUGCAAUUAAAUUAUGCACUGGAUGGAUGGUGACAAGCUUGCCUCUUUAUAAUGAUGACGAUCUCCUCAAGAGAAAUGAAAAUAUUUACCAAAUCUAUUCAAAGCGAUCUGCUGAAGAUAUUUAUAAAAUACUGACAUCCUACAAAGCUAAUUAUCUAAUUGUGGAAGAUGCUAUCUGCAAUGAAGUGGGAACCAUGAGAGGUUGUAGGGUUAAAGAUUUGCUAGAUGUUGCAAAUGGCCACGUGGUUUGUGAAGAAGGUGACAAGUUAACCUACUCAAAAUAUGGACGAUUUUGUCAUGAGGUCAAAAUUAACUAUUCUCCAUAUGUGAAUUAUUUUACUAGAGUAUACUGGAACAGAUCCUAUUUUGUUUAUAAAAUCAACACUGUGAUAUCCUUUCAAUCUUGAAAAAUAAUAGAGCCUUCAUUUCAAAGACUUAUGCCACCUGAAGUAAAAUGAGAUUUUCUUUUACCUAUAUGGUGUCUGUUGCAAAUCAGAGUAUGGACAUUUGAAAUGCUGCUGCUCCUUUUUCCCUCCUGCUGUUAACUGAGUCCAGGAUUUUGUGGGAAACAGAAAAAUGUCAAAUCUAUCACUCCGCAAUAUUCCAGGCAGGUUUUUUCCUUAGUAUUACAUAGUCUUUAAAGAUUUACCUAUUGCAAGUUUCCCCAUGAAUCUUUCUAUCACAGUAUUGAUCUUGAAUUUGAAUUUGUCCUAUGUCUCAAAUGUAAUAUUUAAUUAAUACUUAAUGUGAUAUAGUUAUAUAAUACAAGGAAAGAUUAUUCUUCAACUUUCUGAAGGUAUUUGUUUAGUGGCUUAUAGCAACUAAAAUUUGACAAUAAAAACUAAUUUAAAUGUUAGUUGAAAAUAUGUAACAUUUAAAUUAAAAUGGAAAUUAUAUAAAAGAAAGUGAUUUUCAAGGAUAUACAUAAAUAUAUCCUGAAUUUGCCAUGAUACUGCUUUCAUCUUCUGCUGCUUAUACAAGUGAACACUUUCUUUGUAAUACAGGCGCAUGUUAUUGCAUUUUGUUAUUUUAUAACUAUUAAAACAAUUAUCUUUUUUCA